AUGGAAGAGGAUGGUUUGGAUGACUUACUUGCCCAAAUAAGUGAACCUACAUCACCGAAAAAAACAAAACAAGAUGAACAGCCCGGAACAUCAAAAUCUACUUCGAAAACACAUUGUGUCUUAGUUAAUCAGAAACAGAGAGGAAAUCCAUUACUAAAGUUCAUUAUUAGUGUGCCUUGGGAAUAUGAUGAAAUAAUACCUGACUAUGAAAUAGGAAAAACUAUUGGCAUCCUAUUUCUUUCUGUACGUUAUUAUAACCUUAAUCCUGAUUAUAUUAACAACAGGCUUAAAGACUUGGGGAAGAAGUACGAUCUCCGGGUGCUUUUGGUUCAGGUAGACCUUAAAGACCCUCAUGCAGCAUUAAAAAAUUUAACAAGGAUUUGUUUGCUAACAGACCUGACCCUCAUGCUUGCUUGGAGUCCAGAGGAAGCUGCAAAAAUUAUAGAAAAUUACAAAAUCUAUGAAAAUAAACCACCAGAUAAGAUAAUGGAGAAAAUAGAAAAUGAUCCACAUCAAAAGAUAGUUAAUGCUCUUUCAUCAAUAAAACCAGUGAACAAAACAGAUGCAUUAACAUUAAUAGCUACAUUUGGUACUUUAGAAAACAUAAUAAAAGCUACAGAAAAGAAAUUAUCAGAAUGUCCUGGCUUUGGGGCUACUAAGGCUAAAAAACUCUAUAGAGCUUUACAUGAACCAUUUUUAAAGAAUCAGAUGAAGCCGGAUGUAUUUGCAGGAAAUAUUAGUAUAGAAGAUAUUGAAAGUGUUGAAAAUACCGCUGAGUAA